AUGGCAGAUGCGCUGUGCGGUCCUUCGAAUGCUCUACAGAGCUUCCAGAAACAUACAUCUGUAGAUAGAACACUUCAACAAGACCGUAUUCUUUCUCGCCACUCGCCUGCUCAAGGCUUCCGGUCACAAAAUCAUAAUGAAGGUAUUCUAGACCGAGAUUUCAACGACUUUGAAGCGGGUGUUUCCGGCGCUCCACUCUCUGAUAUCCAAAAUCCUGCAUCAAUUUUGGGACCAGCACCACAACAUUUGGCUUUCAAUCAUACAGAGAAUUCUGGAUGGGCGUCGGAUUUCCAAAAUCUACAAAUAUCGGGUCCGGCUCAACAUGUACCUCCUCAACAAUUUCGCGCGGAAUCCUCUUCUAGCAGCUGGCAGAAUGAAAUUUUGCAGAACACUUUUCAAACACCCCAAACAGAAGCAGCCCAAAUACAAAUACCUCAGGCGCCUUUUAGAUACGGUCCAGCUCUAGGGGGGGUGGGUUUUGGUGUCUUGGACGACUACCCAGUGCACCAAGAUGAAUCCCAAUCCCAUUUUCAGCGUCAUGAGGAAGAAAGCAAUAUUUGA